CACGGUGGGGGUGUUGCGCUGUGUUGCCGGGACCGUGUGGGCGUCGCGAGCUCCUAAGCAGGCAGCGCGGGCAGCCGUAGGGCUUCUGCGUUCUGCGCUGCUCCGACGGACGACGCUUCUGCUGGUGUAAGCUGCAGCUUAGGAUCUGCACGGGCGACGCUUCUGCUGGUGUAAGCAGCAGCCUAGGAUCUGCGUUCUACGCGACUGAAGGCCGAACAGCCGCCCCCAGCCGUUGCACUGGCCGCCAUGACGUCGAGCGCGGGAGACUCGGCGGCCGCCGUCAGCAACGGCAGCGACCGCAGCGGCAGCGGCUCGCCGUCGUCGCUCAAGAAGCGGAUGGACCUGCCGCCGGCCCCCAUCGACACCUACUUCACCGACAAUCGGGUGGAGGUGCCACCCGGCGACGAGGAAAAACUGUUCAGCUUCCGCAAGCUGUGGGCAUUCACGGGGCCAGGCUUCCUCAUGAGCAUCGCCUACCUGGACCCGGGAAACAUCGAGUCUGACCUGCAGUCUGGCACGGUCGCCGGCUACAGACUGCUGUGGAUGCUGCUGUCGGCCACGAUCCUGGGCCUGCUGACCCAGCGUCUGGCCGCCCGGCUGGGCGUUGUCAGCGGCAUGCACCUGGCCGAGGUGUGCUACCGCCAGUACCACCCGGUGCCGCGCAUCUUGCUCUGGAUCAUGGUGGAGAUCGCCAUCGUCGGCUCCGACAUGCAGGAGGUGAUCGGCACAUCCAUCGCGCUCUACCUGCUCUCCGACAAAAAAAUUCCAUUGUGGGGUGGAGUGUUGAUAACAAUCGCUGACACGUUUACAUUUCUGCUGGUCGACAAGUACGGCAUGAGAAAGCUCGAAGCCUUCUUCGGCUUCCUGAUCACCGUGAUGGCCCUCAUGUUCGGCUACGAGUACGUGGUGGCGGCGCCGCCUCAGGCCGACGUGGUGCGCGGCCUGUUCGUGCCGGGCUGCGCGGGCUGCGACAGCCGCUCGCUGCUGCAGGCCGUCGGCAUCAUCGGCGCCGUCAUCAUGCCGCACAACCUGUACCUCCACUCGGCGCUAGUCAAGUCUCGCAGCGUGGAUCGCACGCGCCGCUCGCGCAUUCGUGAGGCCAACUACUACUUCUUCAUCGAGUCGUGCGUCGCGCUGCUCGUGUCCUUCAUCAUCAACGUCUUCGUCGUGGCCGUGUUCGCCAAGGGCCUGUCCGGCAAGACCAACAGUGAUGUCAACCAGACCUGCGAGUCUGCUGGAAAUGCCGUCAGCUCGCUCUACCCGGGCCUCUUUCCGAACGACACGAACUUGGUGGAGGCCGACCUAUUCAAGGGCGGCGUCUUCCUCGGCUGCCAGUUCGGCGCCGUGUGCCUCUAUAUCUGGGCCAUCGGUAUCCUGGCCGCCGGCCAGAGCAGCACCAUGACCGGCACCUACUCCGGACAGUUCGUCAUGGAGGGCUUCCUGAACCUGACGUGGCCGAAGUGGAAGCGAGUCCUGGUCACCCGUACCAUCGCCAUUCUUCCAACAUUUUUCAUAGCUGUCUACAAGGACAUCACGGACCUGACGGGCAUGAACGACCUGCUGAACGCGCUGAUGAGCCUGCAGCUGCCGUUCGCCCUGCUGCCCACGCUGACCUUCACCAGCUCGGAGCAGGUCAUGGGGGAGUUCCGGAACGGCCCGGUCAUGAAGGUGCUGGCUAGCAUCCUGUCGGUGGUGGUGGUCGGCAUCAACGUCUACUUCGUGGUCGACUACGUGAAGAGCACGCUGCCGGCCGUGUGGUGGGUGGACCUGCUGCUGGCGCUAUACGGCUUGUUCUACAUCGGCUUCAUCGGCUACCUCACGGCGCUGCUGUACGGCGUGUUUGGCGGCCCGGGCUUCGACCGCAUCAGGACACUGGUCGUGUAUAACGACUCGUCCAAACGACACGACUGGGACGACCCAGAGGUGGAUGAGCCGGGCGGCGGCGAGCGCGCCCGGAGCCAGCAGCUGGCCUGACGCGCAGUAGCCGACAACCGCGCCCGCUGGCUGCCGACGUGGCCGGCGUCGGUACCGA